CAGUGACAUUAUAUUUGUUCCCCAGAGCGGAUUGCAGUAGCAAAAAUGUUUAAGUUAUUAAUAAUUACUGUUCUAGGCAUUUCAAUGUACCAGAUGGUUAGUUGUGAUGCAGAAAGGUUUUUGUGCCGUCGACAAGUGGUAGUAAGCUAUACAGAAAACGUGGUUAAGCCCAUGAACGACUAUGGAAACUUUGCCAAAUAUUUCACAAAUUUGGGUAUACCAGCAGGGAAUAAGACAGUGACAAAAACAAAAAUGGAAGAGGAAGAAACUUGUUGCCCAGGCUACGAAAAGUUUCCGGACGGAUUGUGCGGGCCCGUUGAAACCACAACUAACACCGAAACUACGAUCUCAACGUCUACUUCAGAAGAACCCGAUUCAACGACAUCAACUGAAUCAAAUGAAGGGGAUUCAUCUAGUCCUUCUAGCUUAAUUAAUCCAGCUAAACAUUCCAAGGCAGAAACGAAGAAAAAUAGCCAUAAACAUCUUACGUUAGGAAUAAUUUUUGGAGUUCUUGCACUGAUCAUUGGCAUUGCUACUGUUAUCACUUGGCAAAUUCGGAAACGUAGAAAUGUGUCAAUUGCUGAAGACCAACAAGUAAAAUUUGAUGCUGAAAUGCAAAGAGCUCUUUUGUAGAACUUUAAUAAUUGUACAUCUCUCAACACACAAAGGAAAUAAGUAUUUGCAAAAUUAAAAGAUACGUAUACGGAGGAAAGACCUUUCAUGUGAAGCACCGUUCUUAUCAGUUUGAACAAAGUGGAAAAACGAUAAAUUUGAAUUUCACAAUAGUUCGACACGCUGAAUAAAAAUAAAAAACAAAGUUCAUUUUUUCAGAAGAUUAAAUGUAUAUUGUUGAGGGAUGAUAAAAAGGCCAGCCUUUGUUCGUGCAUGAAUGUCGGGUUUGAUUAAUGUAUAUUUAGUAAUAAUAUAAAUAGAUAUUUCGGCAAACGCAAAUGUUUAAGAUAUCUGUGGGCAUUUAUUUUACAAAACGUUAGAUUUCUUGUAAAAUAUUGCUUGUGAUGAUUUGCUCUACAAUUUGUUUGUUUGUUUUAAGCAUUAUUAAAUUUAAAAUAACAAUAUUGGCAUUUUUCUUAAGUUUAAUUCAAAAAUAAUAAAAUAAUAAUAAAAUCAAAUUAAUCAUAUCAUAAGACACAUUUCUCAAGUAACCAAAUAAAUAAUUCAUAUAUUAUAAAGCUAUAAUUCAGAGAAAAUAAAAAUUCUUUUAAUAAAUAA